CCAUUAUUGACAUGUCGCACAUCAAAGAAUACACAAAAAUCAUGAGUUGUUGAUGAACAGUAUUGGAAUAUAAGUGAACACCCGAGCCAGUUAUGAACAAUCCUGACCAAGAGAACAAUAACAAUGAGCCCAGAGCUAGAGGAAGGACAGGACAGAACCCUUUGUUGAAUGUUAGAGACAGACUUUUUCAUGCUUUAUUCUACAGAGUAGCAUUAACAUAUGCUAGGGCCUUUCCUAAACCUAUCAGAAGAGUAUUGGAAUUUGCAAUUUUAUUAAAGGCACUGGUUGUUUUGAGUAUAUUAGUUUAUAUACAUGUUGUUUUUGCUCGAACUCCUAUUAACUGUUUGUCUCACGUCAAAGACUCAUGGCCAAGAGAUGGUAUUCUUAGAGUAGAAAUUGUACACAAUGCAACAGCAAACUACACAUUAAUUAAUUCUUAUGAGAAAGAAUACACAGACUUUACAUUUCAAUUCUUUAAUAAUGGCAAAGUUCUCCAUCAAGAAGAAGACAAGACAUCAGAAGGGGAACAAUCACAUGAUGAUGAAACUACAGCCUCUGAAAAUGAAGAAGUGCCACCUGGUGGUAAUUCAGAAAAGUCGGAAGUAAAAUCUGAAGAAAGAAGUGAAGAAUUGAAAGUGGAGGAAAAAAUUUUGGAAGCUAAAUUCAUAGAUCAUCUUCUUUCUGAAAAGACCAGUGAUAUAAAAUCGGAUAAUUGGACAACUAUUGAGAAUACCACACUGUUAAGUGCAGAGGACAAAACGAUAGACGACACUGAUGCCACGUCUAUUUAUGGCUUUACACCUUCUGAAAUAGAAAUGCUGGCCAAAGUUGUUUGGCCAGAAGAAAAGUACAUUGUUGAAUAUGCUCUUGAGUAUGGAUUUUUACGCUUAUCACCAAAGACCAGACAGAAACUAAAUAUUACAGUCAUGUUGGUAACACUAGAUCCAGACAGGGAUGUAUGUUUUGGAGAUAGUAUCAGUAGAUUUUUACUGGCAGAAUUCUUGGGAUAUGAUGACAUAUUGAUGUCUAGUAUCAAACAGUUAGCAGAACAGGAAGACAAUAAAGGUUACCUCAGAAAUGUGGUAUCUGGAGAACAUUACAGAUUUGUCAGCAUGUGGAUGGCUAGAAGUUCAUAUUUAGCUGCUGCUUUCAUUAUGCUAAUAUUUACUGUCUCUGUAUCAACUUUGUUGAGGUAUUCUCAUCACCAGAUAUUUAUCUUUAUAGUUGAUUUUCUACAGAUGUUGGAGAUGAAUAUCACUAUUGCAUUCCCUGCUGCACCACUGUUGACCGUAAUCCUUGCUUUAGUUGGUAUGGAAGCCAUUAUGUCAGAAUUUUUUAAUGAUACCACAACAGCAUUUUACAUAAUACUGAUAGUAUGGAUUGCUGACCAGUACGAUGCUAUUUGUUGUCAUACUAACAUCAGUAAACGUCAUUGGUUAAGGUUUUUCUAUUUAUAUCAUUUGGCAUUUUAUGCCUACCACUAUAGAUUUAAUGGGCAGUACAGUGGUUUAGCUUUGUUUACAUCUUGGUUAUUUAUACAGCAUUCCAUGGUGUACUUUUUCCAUCACUAUGAAUUACCAGCAAUUCUCCAACAAGCCAGAAUACAACAGAUAGUAAAUAACCAAAAUACUAAUCAAACCAAUGCAGAAAGAGAAAAUAAUCAGCCAGCAAAUACUACACAAGAUAACCAGGUAGCUGUAGAUCAGCAGCCUACAGAGCCUAAUGUUCCAGUAGAUCAGCAGCCUAUAGAACCUAAUGUACCAGUAGAUAUGCCAACACAAGAACUACCAAAUCAGAGUAAUUCAGAGUCUGAAGUACAGACUGAAUCUGUUGGUCAGAAUAUAACAGAGGAUAAUAAUCAACCACCAUCAUUAGGAGCUUUAUCUACAGAAACAAAUACAAAAGUAACUAAUACACAAUCACCUUUAGAAGCUGUAUCUGCAGGAACAGAUACAUCUAUAGAAAAUAGCCAACAAGCAUCUUUUAUACCUGAAAAUAAUUUAGAAAAUAGUGAAACAGUUACUGAAAAUAAUUCUCAUAUACCAUCAGACUCUAUAAAAACUAUGAAUGGAACUAUUCCUAAAGAUUCAGAAAAUGAAUCUCUAAUUAACAAUGAUAAUAACAGAACUAGUACUGGUGAUCUCUCUCAUAAACCUUGCAAUACCACUACUUCACAUAAUGACAAUUCUAAGGGAGAUAACUUAGAAUCAUCAAAGUGUUUAGGUGACUCAGAUCAAACACUUGAAUCAUCUAGAUCUAGUCAAAGUUGUUUUCAGAACUGUGAUAGUGAACAAACUUCCACAUCAUGAAUUUAGUUAAUUUGUGAAACUGUAUAAUGGUAAAACAGAAAAUUUUGAAAUGCAAUUUGGGUAAGGAAUUGUGAAUUAAAAACUUCUUGUUUUGUAUGUAUUAAAAAAUGUGCAAGAUUAGAAAAAAAAUGCAGCUGUUCAUAACACAGUACCUAUAUUGAUAUGUUAUCAUGAAAUGUCUGUCAGUAAACACAGAAAACAAAAUGUCUGUCAGUAACCACAGAAAACAAAAUGUCUGUCAGUAAUCACAGAAAAUGAAAUGUCUGUCAGUAAUCACAGAAAACAAAAUGUCUGUCUGGAACCACAGAAAACAAAGAAUCUUUGACUGAACUGUUCAUGCAUAAAAGUAAUGUAAAUUAAAAUGUGCUAAAGAAUUGACACAGUUAUAUUGUAUGAUGGAAUGGCAUUGUUUAUUUAUUCCUAUAUGUAAACAUAUUUUUUUAUCAAAAAAUUUCAUUUGAACAGUGUAAAAGUUGCAGUAUAAAAAGACAAUUAUUCAUUAUCUCAGAAUGUAAAUUUUAUUUGUACUGAGGUCGAAACAGGUUUGAAAUGCUCAGCAAAGCCUCACAUUUUACAUUUUACAUGUAUUCUAAGCCUCUUGCAAAUAAAAAAGUAGACUUGGUAAGGCCUAAAAAAGUGGCCCCUAUUUCUAGCUAAAAUUUGAAAUUAUUAAUAUUUGCUUCUGCUUAUUAUCACAAAGAAUCAUAGUUAUAACAAUUAAUAAAUAGAAAAAAAAAUGUUUUAAGUUUUGAAUUGACAUAUCAGCAGUCUUUUUCUUCUUUUGUUUGUUAUUAGGAUCAAUUUUAAUUUUCGUCUGAUGAAAAAUAGACCAAUUUGCAUUGGUUUUCUGGACAGGAAUACAGCACAUGCAUCUAAAAAAAACCUGUAACAAUAUGUUUGUUUUAACAAAUAUCCUAUCUGACUUGAAUAUUUAGUUUGUUGAACCCUGUGUUCUAUAUUUCCUGGACGUAAAUUUUUGUUGAAAUACAGGAGAUUUUCUCAUCUUUCUCACAUGUUUAUUCAUCAACUUGAAACACAUUUUGUCUUGAAAUAAUUGACUUGAUAUGGUGAUAUUUGGGGCUAAAUUUUACCUUUAGUUUUAAUUCUAUAUAUAUAUUUUUACAAUUCAAAACAAAAAGCAGAAAAAAGGACAUAUUGAUGGGAAGGGUAUGUUUUAUGUACAAUGUAAGUGUCUUCUGAUACACAUACAUGUAAUGAGAUUGUAAGUUUUUAUGAUGUAUCAUGCUGAAAGAAUCAAUACAGAAUAUUAUCUUCUACCUCUUCUCAAUGUCUUCUUUGAAGCCUUGGCUAUCUAGAGCAGUCAAGUUAUCAGUAAUUUUGACUCGUACAUUGUUAUCUGUUAACGUUUUAUGUUGGAGUUGACGUACAUGCCAUGAAUAUUCAAAAGAAGGUUUGAAUCAGUUUUUGAUCUAGCCAAGCUGGAUAUAUGUGAUCACUUUUUAUUUUAAGAUGGUGCAGAAUUUUGAGUUGAAGACAUAUCAUGAAACUAAUGAUGUAUUAUGACUUGCAGAAAGUUUAUACACUAUUUCCUUCAUUUACUGUCAACUUUUGACAUGUCAUUUGUCAAAGGUGAAGGAAGCUAUCACAUGUAGUGAUGUACUAAACAAUUUUGUUUUAUUCAAGUUGGUUUGGGAUUGUAUCCCACUAUGAAUUGUAAACAUUUAUACAGGUGGAAAAUUUGUGAUUAUAGUACAUGUGUAUUUGCACCUCAAAGCAUACUAGUAAUUUGAACCCUUGAAAUUGUUUUCUCUGAAUAAAUGUUCAGUUUGGGGAAUAUCAGUUGGCCGUGCCAGCUUUUUACUUGUUGUAUCUGAGAUGAAUUGAAUAAAAGGUUAUAAGAGGAACAGGUGCAAAAUAGAAGUGUUUUGUGAAGUUUGAAGUUAAUUAUUUUUUAUUUUUUCUUUUGAAUUCUUCAGAAAAAAAUCAUUUUUUGAGACAUAGACUUUGGUAAAAUAUCAAUCAUUUGAUUUCCAUUUGCCAGAAAUAAAAGAAUUCAAUUUUGAGUUUUCCUUAUGAUUUCCCAAAAAAGCAUCAUUUUUCAACAGCUUCUGGUGUACCAAAUACUUAUAUAUUCUUACACAAAAUGGCUAUGCUUUCUGAUAUUUAAAAUUGAGCUUGAUAUGAGCAUGAUAUACAGUGUGAUGCUUUUCACAUCCAUUGCUCAUCAGUUACUGUUUUCGGAAUACUUGUAACAGGGGUACCAUUUGUGAGCAAUAACUCACAGUCCAACUUGUCUGAAUGAAGAUAUAAUGUUGUUAUCACAUGGCUUUUGUAAGCUUCUCAUAAUUUCCAAGCUGUAAGGGCUCGAUUAUUGGGUAAUCACCAACAUUUAUUUCCAUGUGAAUUUUUAUGACAAUCAAUGAAUGCAUUGGUGUGUCAAUAAGAAUUGUGUCAUGAUGUGAAAUCAUAUUUGUACAUGGUAAAUAGAAUCAAUUUAAUGUCUAUAUAUUAAUGUGUUCAUAACAAUAUCCUGCUCAUUGUUGCUUCAAUAAACACAUGUUCAAUGUUCUCAUGUUGACAGCUUGCAGUUGUAUCAUGUUGUGCCUUAUAUAGCCCUAUAUUGCACUAGUAAAGCUGCUUACUGGUACAUGGGGAUUAAAAAAAAAUUACAUCUUAGAUUUUUAGCUUUAGAUGAACAAAUUCCUAACCAAUAUUACUUAUUUUGUGUUAUGGAAAAUACUAACUAUAAGAAUUAAUGUUCCAGGAAAAAAAAUAUACUCAUUCUGUCAACGUUGGUUGACAGUAGAUUUUUAAAAACCUCUUAAUUCUGAGUCACAACUGAAAACAAAAAUUUUGAUUCUAAAAAAUGUUGUAAGAAAAUAUCGAAAAGAUGUGGUAUGUAUCCUUAGAAGAUCAUAAAGGUUUUAAUGAUUCCUAAUUUUUUAAUAAAAAUAAAAAAAUUAGAACUUUUUAGUCAAAUUACACUACCAAAUUAAACAUAGUGAAAAUCAUCUAUGUAUGUGACAUAAAGUAUUGAUUCUAUAAAGAACUCGUCUAUGAAUACAAAUAUAUAUUUAAAGCAUUCUCCCAUAGAGAAUAAAAGCUUAAUGCUCCUAUUGUUUUUGGUUAAAGAUUGCAUUUAUACAAUCAAAACCCUUAUGCUUAUUUUUGCAAGACCUCAUCACUACAAAAACAAAAUGUAUUUAGGUGAACAUUCUUUUCAUCCUAUUUAUGUACAUAUCAAGAAAUUUAUCAAGGAAAUUUAUACUCAUAUAUUCAAGUUACAAAAUGAUGUUUUUGUGCCUAACAAUAUUUAUAAAAAAAAUAACAUAUAUUGCACAUGGUACGAGAAUCCAUCAUUUCUAAUAGUAACAAAGAUGUCUUUCUAUUGACUUGUAUAUGUAUACAUGGUGCAGAAAUUCAUUCAUUUUGUACUUUUCUCCUGUUACAACAUAUUUAUUAUCUAUUAGAAUAACAAUUUGUUGUAACAGUUAUGAUAUUUAUUUCUGUCUAUAUUUUUGACAGACUUUUCGUAAAAUACUUAACAAAUAAAAGAAAAAAGAUUUGGAAAUGCCCUAUUAGAAAUUGUGUCAGACAUUCAAUAUGAUUUGUUGCUCACUGUGAUGUUGACUGUUUAAUCCCUUGCUUCCAAUUAUUAGUUGCAAUUCAGUGUUUUAUAUGAUCUGUAUGAGCCUUCUUUUUCUGAGUCUUGAUGUAAAAUAAUCUUUAAAAUUCUUAUUUCAUUUAAAUCUGAGAAAAAGUGUGUUAUUUUUUUUUAUCAUUAUUGUGAUGAUUACAUUGUUUAAAUUCCUUAUUUGAAAAUGUAUGUAAUAAUAUAGUGUGAAAUAUGAGGAUGUACACUUGUGAAAGAAAGCCAUUUCAAUAUGAAAAUGUUCAGAAAAUUAUUUGAUAUGAUUGGUGCUGUUGUAUAAACAUUUUAUAACCUCAGUAAAGACAACAACUGAAUUCAUUGAUUAAUAUUAUUUUAUCUACACGAAGAGCUCACUGCUGUUUUCUCUACAGGGUCUAUCUCAUAUAGUUCAUAGGUUCAGUUUAUUUUUACCAAUUUUAUUCUGUGUUUUACAAGGUCCAAAAGAAAAUUUAAUACAGCUAUUUAAUUUUUACAUUUUA